AUUCCAUUUCGUUUUCAAGCAGUCCACUUAAAUGCCGUCGGCGAGCUCAAUAGCCUGAUCAAGCAGAAGGUGGUAUACUGUCUGGAGCAUCACCGGUCGAUGGAUAUUGCCGCGUGCGUCCGUGAUGAGAUGCAACUCCUUUCAGAAACAUGCUCUCUCGGUGAUGACUUUUGGGAGGCACGGCUGCGAGUCGCAUUUCAGCUGCUGUUCCGGUCGAUCCAGGUUGGAGCGCGGCAUCCAGUUAUUGCCGAGCACAUCAUUCUUCCAGCUUUGAGAAUUAUUUCUCAGGCAUGCACUCCUCCAAAGACUGACAUUCCUCAGACUACUGAACCUGGAGGGUUCUCGGUGAAGUCUGUUGGUUCUUUCGUGAAGACGGCUGCAAUACUUCAGGAGACACCGGUCACCAGGCCCGCCAAGGAAAACGUAGAGAAAGACAAAGAGCUGGAGAACACACCGAAAGGCCAGGAUUUACUACUAGUAAACUACCUGGAGUGGAAAAAUGGUGCGACGUAUGUUGAUUUCGUGAGACGACUGACCAUAUCUCAGAACGUUAAACCCGCUCAAAAAUCUCAAAAAGACUCGAGAAAAUCUGAUGCCUUGGCUCUUAAAUAUAUUCUACGAUGGAAGCGAAAAGCUUGCAAAGUUGCUCUUACCGAGGACCUCAAGUGCUUUGAAGAUAGUAGCUGGGUUCGUGAGCUUGUUCUAAGUGCAUGCUCCCAGCCAAUUCGUCAAGAGAUGUGCGCUUUGAUCGAGGUGCUGUGCUCUCAGAGCGUAGCUCGGAAAUCCAAGUUCCUGGACCUGUUUGAACCUGCUUCGAGAACUGCCGGAGAGAGUGCAGCGGAAUACUUUGAUCUGCUGUUCAAAAUGAUCGAGGAUGAAGAUGCGCGCUUAUAUCUUACAGUUCGUGGCUUUCUGCGGACCGCUUGCAGUCUUAUCAGUGAAGAGGUAGUCCGGGUAGAAGCCCAGGAGCGAAGCUUCCAUACGGACAUCUCACAGGGCUAUACUCUACACAAACUUAUCGAGCUACUGAACAAAUUCCUGCAAGUUCCGAACGUUAGGAUAAGGUUUAUGAAGGAAGACUUGCUGUCACAAAUUUUGGAAGCUCUUUUGGUGAUCAGAGGUCUGGUUGUUCAAAAGACGAAGCUGAUAAGUGAUGGACGGUUACUACGCGAGCUUCUUGACAACCUGCUUCAGGAAAGCGACGACAACAAGAGACAUUUCGUUCGUGCAUGUAUUUCCGGUCUUCAGACUCCUGAUCACGACAGAAAAGAUCGCAUAUGUCUGUUUAUUCUUGAACAACUCUGCAAUAUCAUCUGUCCGGCCAAACCGGAGCCUGCAUAUAUGCUUGUUCUCAACAAAGCUCACACGCAAGAGGAGUUUAUCCGUGGCUCGAUGACGAAGAAUCCAUACUCGAGCUUAGAAGUUGGUCCACUUAUGCGUGACGUGAAGAACAAAAUCUGUCAACAGCUGGAGAUGAUUGCACUUUUGGAGGAUGACUACGCCAUGGAGCUUCUUGUUGCAGGAAGCAUCAUCUCUUUAGAUCUCAGUGUUGCGCAGGCAUAUGAGCAGGUUUGGCGGAAGGCGCCUUCGUGGGCGAAUUCGGCAAUAGGAACGAGCCUGUUAAUGUCUGCUUCUGGAGUCUCCGGAAGAGAGUGUCCACCAAUGACCGUGACAUAUCGACUCCAGGGACUGGACGGUGAGGCAACAGAACCAAUGAUCAAGGAGCUAGAUGAUGAUAGAGAGGAAAGUCAGGAUCCAGAAAUCGAGUUUGCAAUUACUGGAGUCAUGAAAGAUAGCGGUGGGCUGAAGGAGCUACUGAGUAUGGUUGAGCAUUUUACGGACGAAGAACUGAAGUCUGGUCAGGAACAAGUUGCGUUGGUUUUGAAGCUACUCAUGUUUUGCUGCAAGAUUCGGGGUAACCGGCAGGCUCUUCUUCAGCUUGGUGCCUUGGAUGUUCUCCUGGAGACGGCCAACAAAUCCUUCUUUUCAGCCGAAUCUGUGGAGCGACUGCUACUCAUCGUGGAGUGUCUGGUCACCGAGGCCAACGAAAGUGACGUUGGAGUGACCGAAGGCGCUCUGAGCACAACAAGAGCCGGCAUUGCCAGAGGGGAACAAGCUGCCAAGGGUGUUCUAAUGUUCCUGGAGCGACUCUCCAAUCCCAGCAGCUACAAGCAGUCUAAGCAGCACAAGAACAGUGACACAGCCGCAAGAAUACUACCGUAUCUAACUUAUGGAGAGGAAGCGGCAAUGGAAGUAUUGGUGGAUCACUUCCUGCCUUACUUACUGGACUGGGGAGCUUUUGAUAAGCUGCAAAAGGAGCACGGUGAGAAUCCGAAGGACGCUUCACUGGGUCAGAAAGCAGCCUUUCAUCAGUUCGCUGUUGAGAAUUUUGUGAAGGUAACGGAGUCGAUCAAGCAAAACGACAGUGGCGAGCUACUUAAAAAUCUCAUACUUGAGAAGGAGAUACUGACUGUUGCCAUACGGUAUCUGAAAGACGCGUUUCCUUUUACUGAAAAGAAAACAGAUCUUCGGUCGUCACCCGAGUGGACACGAUCUUUGGAGCUUCCAUCGGUUCCGAUUAUCCUGUCCAUGAUGAGAGGAUUAUCUAUCGGUCACUGCAAGACUCAAGAAUGUCUUGACGAGGAAGAAGUUCUUCCUCUGCUCCACGCACUGGAGGGCAUGCCAGGAGAAAACGAGAUUGGAGCAAGAGCAGAAAAUUUGCUGGACACGCUAUCCGAUAAAGAGAAAGGAUUCCUUGCCGAGACGAUCCUGAAUUUAAGGGAGACAACACGGGACGAGAUGAGACGACGUGCUUUGCAACGAAGGGAAGAGUUACUACAGGGGCUGGGAAUGCGCCGAGAGCUGAGAUCUGAUGGAGGUGAGCGCAUUGUCAUAUCAAAGCCUCGAAUUGAAGGCCUUGAAGACGUAGAAGAGGAAGAAGCCGGACUGGCAUGCAUGGUUUGUCGGGAAGGCUACAAACUGCGGAUGCUGGGAGCUUACUCGUACAGCAAGCGUGUAAAAAUCGGUUCUGCGACUGUCCACGGCCGUCCCGAGUGGGUCUACACGACGGUUAGUCAUUUCAACUUUAUUCACGUCCAGUGCCACCAAGAGGAAAAGCGAGCCGACGCCUCCCUCAAGAAUCCCAAAAAGGAGUGGGAAGGCGCAGCUAUACGCAACAACGAGACGCUGUGUAACGAUCUCUUUCCUCUCCGCGGCCCAGCAGUCGCGCUUGCGCAGUACUCUCGGUGCGUUGAUACUUUCUGGGACAACUUAAACGCCCUCGGACGUGCGGAUGGUAGCCGGCUGCGCUUGCUCUCUUACGAUAUCGUCCUGAUGCUGGGCCGCUUUGCAACGGGGGCCUCGUUCAGUGUCGAUAGUAAAGGUGGUGGCAAGGAAAGUAACUCGAGGCUCUUGCCUUUCAUGGUACAAAUGGCCGGACAUCUCUUGGACCAGCAGGGACCGAGCCAACGCCGUGUUCUCGCAAAAUCCUUACAAACGUUCCUCCAGGCAUCGCCUCCCGAGACUGACGCCACCACUACUCCUGUUUCGAGAACCAUCUCCAGCCCCGGCACGCCGGCCAGAUCGAACGAGACAGUGCAGUAUAUGAUGGUCCAGUCGCUGCUGCUACAAUCCCACGACGAGUGGCAACAGCACAGGAAAACGUUUCUCCAACGGGGUGCUGUCCAUGCCUACAUGCUACACAAACAGGGCUUCUCCUCUUUCUGCCUCGACAUCGCCAUCCCCAGCGGCCAGGAGCCCGAUAGAGUUUGCUCUGAGCUUCAGCCGGCAGCGGAUAUCAAGAGAACAGCGAGCUCGGGAGGACUCCAAGCUACGUCAACUCCAUCGCUCAGCAGCGAGCAGCUGUUUAUCAUCCUCCAGCCGAUGCUGGUGUUUAUCGGGAUCAUCGAUCAGCUCCAGAGAUUUUUCAAGAGCCGGAGUGGUAGUGCCGUUAGCAGCGGGAGUAGCAGCAGCGCCGGUGGAACUACCAACGAUGGAACUGAGGCGUGGGAGGCCACCAUGAAGGAGAAGCUCCGGGACGUGAGCGCCAUGCUCGCCUUCUCCAAGGAUUUGCUCGAGUGGCUGGAGGAUAUGCAGAGCUCGGCGGAUCUGCAAGAGGCUCUGGACGUGAUGGGGGCUCUGGGAGAUGCUUUCUCGGCUGGUUUCUCGUCCUGCGACGAGUUUUUCAGGGACGCUCUCGGCCUGGCAUCGCUUUGAAAAUGAUCUUCCUAUAUUCCCAGGGACCAUGAAGAAAAAGAAAAAUCUCCAUCUCAGAAAGUUUCCGGUAGCAUCAUAUCAUGCAUUUCUUUUUUGUGGUGUAUCUGAGAGGGGAUUGUAUAUAAAAGAGCUAUACGCUGUUCAGUUUAAUAAGGAAGUACGUAAUUAACUUGUC